AUGUCUAUCAUCCAACAACAUACCUCAGCCUCGCUUGGCGACGCCUGGCGCACUAUCAACAUCGACGCCCUCGACCCGGAGUCGUCGCAGAACUUCGAUACCACGACGCUGCACCCGCCGCUUCCCGAAAUUAGUGAGGCAGAGGUUCGUCAGCUGAACGGACAGGUCCGCCAACUUCUUCGGGGUGGCGAUGCGGAGGGCGCUUUGAGGGGGUGUUUGGAGACGCCAGUCUAUAAUGGAAGUGAGGGGACGAAGGAGGUUCACUUGCAGACCGUGGUCGAGGUCUUGCAAUCUAUCAAGGCGAGCGACAUGACGCCCAUGCUGCAGCGCAUCUACGGGUCUGAGGGCGGAGGGGAGUUGUUGGAUGUGCUGAUGAAGUAUCUGUACAAGGGCAUGUCUGCUUCGGCAUUAACCGGCGGCCCACGAACACCGGGGAGGAUGACACCACAGCAGACGGGGUUCACGCAGGUGGGAUCACGGCCGGGGGUUUCAAACGAGUCUACGAGUGCGGCGAUGAGUGUCUUGCUUAGUUGGCACGAGAAGGUUGUCGAUGUUGCGGGACAGGGUAGCAUAGUGAGAUGCAUGACCGACUGGCGCAAGGUAUGA